GUGCAUCAUCUAACCGAUCGACUGCGAGAAGUGCUGUUAGCUCCCUUCUGAGAAGUCGCUUCAAGAUGCGGGGCCGCGCCUCGCUGCUGCUUCUUGCGAUCUGUGCCGGAGCAGCUCUGCUUGCAACAUGCGGUGAGGCUGUAAGACGUUGAAGGGGCACAGUGAGCGAGAUACCGUGGGGCGCGUAUCGGUGGCCCGUUCAAAUGUGUGGCAAGUAAGAGCGAGCGACCGACCAAGCGACACGGGCGUGAGGGCUCUGCUUCUCCUAGGUGACUCCUUCUGCUUACAUCUUCUGAUUUCCACUUUCGAAAGACUGCUAGAAGAUGCAGGCGGCGCGGCAAAUAAAGCAGCCAUGAUUGGGUGACUUCCAAGCAAGGGAGAUGGUGCCGCGCUUACUUACCGACGUAUGGAACCUUGUCCAAACAGGUGCUGCCAAUGCUAUGGAAGGCACCAAUGGCGGCAAGCAGCGCAGGGCCAUGGCUGAGGAUGGCUUCAUCAUGACCGGCACCGACGCCGCCACCCAGACCGAGACCGCCGCGCGCCGCGAGGCUCUGGAGGGCACCCACGGCGGCAAGAACCGCCGGGCCAUGGCUGAGGAUGGCUUCAUCAUGACCGGCACCGACGCUGCCACCCAGACCGAGACCGCCGCGCGCCGCGAGGCUCUGGAGGGCACCCACGGCGGCAAGAACCGCCGGGCCAUGGCUGAGGAUGGCUUCAUCAUGACCGGCACCGACGCUGCCACCCAGACCGAGACCGCCGCGCGCCGCGAGGCUCUGGAGGGCACCCACGGCGGCAAGAACCGCCGGGCCAUGGCUGAGGAUGGCUUCAUCAUGACCGGCACCGACGCUGCCACCCAGACCGAGACCGCCGCGCGCCGCGAGGCUCUGGAGGGCACCCACGGCGGCAAGAACCGCCGGGCCAUGGCUGAGGAUGGCUUCAUCAUGACCGGCACCGACGCUGCCACCCAGACCGAGACCGCCGCGCGCCGCGAGGCUCUGGAGGGCACCCACGGCGGCAAGAACCGCCGGGCCAUGGCUGAGGAUGGCUUCAUCAUGACCGGCACCGACGCUGCCACCCAGACCGAGACCGCCGCGCGCCGCGAGGCUCUGGAGGGCACCCACGGCGGCAAGAACCGCCGGGCCAUGGCUGAGGAUGGCUUCAUCAUGACCGGCACCGACGCUGCCACCCAGACCGAGACCGCCGCGCGCCGCGAGGCUCUGGAGGGCACCCACGGCGGCAAGAACCGCCGGGCCAUGGCUGAGGAUGGCUUCAUCAUGACCGGCACCGACGCUGCCACCCAGACCGAGACCGCCGCGCGCCGCGAGGCUCUGGAGGGCACCCACGGCGGCAAGAACCGCCGGGCCAUGGCUGAGGAUGGCUUCAUCAUGACCGGCACCGACGCUGCCACCCAGACCGAGACCGCCGCGCGCCGCGAGGCUCUGGAGGGCACCCACGGCGGCAAGAACCGCCGGGCCAUGGCUGAGGAUGGCUUCAUCAUGACCGGCACCGACGCUGCCACCCAGACCGAGACCGCCGCGCGCCGCGAGGCUCUGGAGGGCACCCACGGCGGCAAGAACCGCCGGGCCAUGGCUGAGGAUGGCUUCAUCAUGACCGGCACCGACGCUGCCACCCAGACCGAGACCGCCGCGCGCCGCGAGGCUCUGGAGGGCACCCACGGCGGCAAGAACCGCCGGGCCAUGGCUGAGGAUGGCUUCAUCAUGACCGGCACCGACGCCGCCACCCAGACCGAGACCGCCGCGCGCCGCGAGGCUCUGGAGGGCACCCACGGCGGCAAGAACCGCCGGGCCAUGGCUGAGGAUGGCUUCAUCAUGACCGGCACCGACGCUGCCACCCAGACCGAGACCGCCGCGCGCCGCGAGGCUCUGGAGGGCACCCACGGCGGCAAGAACCGCCGGGCCAUGGCUGAGGAUGGCUUCAUCAUGACCGGCACCGACGCUGCCACCCAGACCGAGACCGCCGCGCGCCGCGAGGCUCUGGAGGGCACCCACGGCGGCAAGAACCGCCGGGCCAUGGCUGAGGAUGGCUUCAUCAUGACCGGCACCGACGCUGCCACCCAGACCGAGACCGCCGCGCGCCGCGAGGCUCUGGAGGGCACCCACGGCGGCAAGAACCGCCGGGCCAUGGCUGAGGAUGGCUUCAUCAUGACCGGCACCGACGCUGCCACCCAGACCGAGACCGCCGCGCGCCGCGAGGCUCUGGAGGGCACCCACGGCGGCAAGAACCGCCGGGCCAUGGCUGAGGAUGGCUUCAUCAUGACCGGCACCGACGCUGCCACCCAGACCGAGACCGCCGCGCGCCGCGAGGCUCUGGAGGGCACCCACGGCGGCAAGAACCGCCGGGCCAUGGCUGAGGAUGGCUUCAUCAUGACCGGCACCGACGCUGCCACCCAGACCGAGACCGCCGCGCGCCGCGAGGCUCUGGAGGGCACCCACGGCGGCAAGAACCGCCGGGCCAUGGCGGAGGAUGGCUUCAUCAUGACCGGCACCGACGCCGCCACCCAGACCGAGACCGCCGCGCGCCGCGAGGCUCUGGAGGGCACCCACGGCGGCAAGAACCGCCGGGCCAUGGCUGAGGAUGGCUUCAUCAUGACCGGCACCGACGCUGCCACCCAGACCGAGACCGCCGCGCGCCGCGAGGCUCUGGAGGGCACCCACGGCGGCAAGAACCGCCGGGCCAUGGCUGAGGAUGGCUUCAUCAUGACCGGCACCGACGCUGCCACCCAGACCGAGACCGCCGCGCGCCGCGAGGCUCUGGAGGGCACCCACGGCGGCAAGAACCGCCGGGCCAUGGCUGAGGAUGGCUUCAUCAUGACCGGCACCGACGCUGCCACCCAGACCGAGACCGCCGCGCGCCGCGAGGCUCUGGAGGGCACCCACGGCGGCAAGAACCGCCGGGCCAUGGCUGAGGAUGGCUUCAUCAUGACCGGCACCGACGCUGCCACCCAGACCGAGACCGCCGCGCGCCGCGAGGCUCUGGAGGGCACCCACGGCGGCAAGAACCGCCGGGCCAUGGCUGAGGAUGGCUUCAUCAUGACCGGCACCGACGCUGCCACCCAGACCGAGACCGCCGCGCGCCGCGAGGCUCUGGAGGGCACCCACGGCGGCAAGAACCGCCGGGCCAUGGCGGAGGAUGGCUUCAUCAUGACCGGCACCGACGCCGCCACCCAGACCGAGACCGCCGCGCGCCGCGAGGCUCUGGAGGGCACCCACGGCGGCAAGAACCGCCGGGCCAUGGCUGAGGAUGGCUUCAUCAUGACCGGCACCGACGCUGCCACCCAGACCGAGACCGCCGCGCGCCGCGAGGCUCUGGAGGGCACCCACGGCGGCAAGAACCGCCGGGCCAUGGCUGAGGAUGGCUUCAUCAUGACCGGCACCGACGCUGCCACCCAGACCGAGACCGCCGCGCGCCGCGAGGCUCUGGAGGGCACCCACGGCGGCAAGAACCGCCGGGCCAUGGCUGAGGAUGGCUUCAUCAUGACCGGCACCGACGCUGCCACCCAGACCGAGACCGCCGCGCGCCGCGAGGCUCUGGAGGGCACCCACGGCGGCAAGAACCGCCGGGCCAUGGCGGAGGAUGGCUUCAUCAUGACCGGCACCGACGCCGCCACCCAGACCGAGACCGCCGCGCGCCGCGAGGCUCUGGAGGGCACCCACGGCGGCAAGAACCGCCGGGCCAUGGCUGAGGAUGGCUUCAUCAUGACCGGCACCGACGCUGCCACCCAGACCGAGACCGCCGCGCGCCGCGAGGCUCUGGAGGGCACCCACGGCGGCAAGAACCGCCGGGCCAUGGCUGAGGAUGGCUUCAUCAUGACCGGCACCGACGCUGCCACCCAGACCGAGACCGCCGCGCGCCGCGAGGCUCUGGAGGGCACCCACGGCGGCAAGAACCGCCGGGCCAUGGCUGAGGAUGGCUUCAUCAUGACCGGCACCGACGCUGCCACCCAGACCGAGACCGCCGCGCGCCGCGAGGCUCUGGAGGGCACCCACGGCGGCAAGAACCGCCGGGCCAUGGCUGAGGAUGGCUUCAUCAUGACCGGCACCGACGCUGCCACCCAGACCGAGACCGCCGCGCGCCGCGAGGCUCUGGAGGGCACCCACGGCGGCAAGAACCGCCGGGCCAUGGCUGAGGAUGGCUUCAUCAUGACCGGCACCGACGCCGCCACCCAGACCGAGACCGCCGCGCGCCGCGAGGCUCUGGAGGGCACCCACGGCGGCAAGAACCGCCGGGCCAUGGCUGAGGAUGGCUUCAUCAUGACCGGCACCGACGCUGCCACCCAGACCGAGACCGCCGCGCGCCGCGAGGCUCUGGAGGGCACCCACGGCGGCAAGAAUCGCCGGGCCAUGGCUGAGGAUGGCUUCAUCAUGACCGGCACCGACGCUGCCACCCAGACCGAGACCGCCGCGCGCCGCGAGGCUCUGGAGGGCACCCACGGCGGCAAGAACCGCCGGGCCAUGGCUGAGGAUGGCUUCAUCAUGACCGGCACCGACGCUGCCACCCAGACCGAGACCGCCGCGCGCCGCGAGGCUCUGGAGGGCACCCACGGCGGCAAGAACCGCCGGGCCAUGGCUGAGGAUGGCUUCAUCAUGACCGGCACCGACGCUGCCACCCAGACCGAGACCGCCGCGCGCCGCGAGGCUCUGGAGGGCACCCACGGCGGCAAGAACCGCCGGGCCAUGGCUGAGGAUGGCUUCAUCAUGACCGGCACCGACGCCGCCACCCAGACCGAGACCGCCGCGCGCCGCGAGGCUCUGGAGGGCACCCACGGCGGCAAGAACCGCCGGGCCAUGGCUGAGGAUGGCUUCAUCAUGACCGGCACCGACGCUGCCACCCAGACCGAGACCGCCGCGCGCCGCGAGGCUCUGGAGGGCACCCACGGCGGCAAGAACCGCCGGGCCAUGGCUGAGGAUGGCUUCAUCAUGACCGGCACCGACGCUGCCACCCAGACCGAGACCGCCGCGCGCCGCGAGGCUCUGGAGGGCACCCACGGCGGCAAGAACCGCCGGGCCAUGGCGGAGGAUGGCUUCAUCAUGACCGACACCGACGCUGCCACCCAGACCGAGACCGCCGCGCGCCGCGAGGCUCUGGAGGGCACCCACGGCGGCAAGAACCGCCGGGCCAUGGCUGAGGAUGGCUUCAUCAUGACCGGCACCGACGCCGCACGUGGCAACCGACGCCUCCGGGCUGGCAUGUAGGGGCGUACUUCCAUUGUGUGAGGAUAACACGUUGCUGUACAUAUGUGCAGCACAACGGAGACAAAUGAAGAAUUCAGAGGACUUAGCGGGACGUGCAUGAGUGACUGACUGACUGCAUGCGGAGUGAUAGUGGUUUGGUCAGGCUCGCACGGGAACGCUCUGUAAAUUAUUGGAGAG